CGGUUGAGUUUAGAAAUUGACAAGUUGUGUGUUUAUUUUAUCGUUCAUUGUUUAGACUAAAAAACUUUAAAAAUGACGUUCUUUGAGAAAUUUCCACAAUUUCAAUUUUGCUGCUUCAUUUUUGACUUGCGACUUGGAUCUAUCGCGAUCGGUGUUUGGUUGGUAAUUAACAAUUUGGGAGCUUUAUUGACAAAUCUCGGAGCUGGACAUGGAUCAUUCUUCGCUUAUGUCUUCUUCAUUGUUGGCAUCAUUUUGGGCAUUUAUCUUACGUUAGGAGCUUACAGGGAAAAACAAAAAUGGGUUGAAUACUAUUUGUGGGGAAAAUUCAUUUUCCUCAUUAUCGAAUUAAUUGGCAUCAUUGGAUUGUUCUUCCAAACACCCGCCAAUGCCAUCUGGCUCUUCCUCACAUGGAUGUUGGAUGUCUAUUUCUGGCUUUGCGUGAACUCCUACUACCUCCAAAUGUCGGGCGUUAUUCCAGCAACGACGAGAACAACAACUGUCGUUACAAGAACCGUCACAACUGCUUAAAAAUCAUUGACCAUCUUUACGUGUACAAAAAAAAAAAUAAUUUGAGUCUUUUAAUUAAAGAAAAUUU